AAUGGUUGUUUUGCUCGCACUCGCGGGGAGCGGGGUUUAAAAGCCAGGCGGCUCGGAGUAGAGGUUCAGAGGCAGAAGGCAGGGCAGGCCGGAGAGCCGACGGGACGGGCGACAAGGCGAGGGGAGGCGGGGCUGGGGGGCACGCACCCCCUUCCCAGCCCACCGCACCCCAUCCCACCGCGCGUCCUCACCGGUGGCCAUGUCCAACGUACAUCUCUCCGUCGCCGCCGCCCUGGAGCGUCUCUCCGCCCGGCGAGCCCUAGUCGGGCACGGUCGCAGCCUCGCCUGUAGGAGCCUUUUCGGGCCGGUGGACCACGAGGAGGUGGGCCGGGAGCUGCGGAGCCGUCUGCAGGAGAUGGGAGAGGCUGACCAACGACGCUGGGACUACAACUUCCAGACCGACACGCCGCUGCCGGGGCCCGGCCGCCUGAGCUGGGAGGAGGUGGAUGGCAGCACCGUCCCCGCUUUCUACCGGGAGACGCUGCAGGUGGGGCGGCACCGUGUCCCGUUGCGCCGGGCUGCGCCGUCCCCGCCGCCGGCCGCCGCCGCCGCCGCCAAGGGCCCUGGGAGCCCUCUGAGCCGCGAGAACCGCGCCGCAUCCCGCCGCCGCGGCACUCGGCUCCGCCGGAGGGGCCCUCCGACCCGCAUCACAGAUUUCUUCGCGAGGAGGAAAAGGCCGGCGGAGCCCAAGGCAGUGGCGGAGCGACCCACCGGCUGCCCGCCACCGCCCGCCGCCGUACCGGCCGAGCAGACCCCCCGCAAGCGGCUCCGGUGAGCCAGACUUUUGCACUACAGAACCCAUGGGAGAGGCGCACAGCGCCCGGAGGCCCGGUGCCCCGGAGGCGCGGAGGGCCGGAGCGGGCGGCGUGGCGAGCCGGGACCCCCCCCUGCGUCCGCCCGGCCCGAGAGCGGGAGAGGGAGCCGGAGCGGAAUGGAAGCCGAAGCGCCUGCCCGCCGGCCGCGCGUGGAGCAGUGUUAACGUACAACCGUGCAAUGUAUUACGUUUUAUAUAGAAAUGUAUUAUGCCUAAUGUGAGUACACUGGCCAGAAGUGUAAAGCUUUAAAAGUCAUUUAUAUGAAAUGUUUAAUCUCUGCUGAGCUCUCAGUACAAAAACAAACAAACAAAAAAAAAAACCCCGAAAAAACAAAAAAGGAAAAAUGCAAGUGUAUAUUUGUACAAAACUUUUUUUAAGAGUUAUACUAACUUAUAUUUUCUAUUUAUGUCAGAAAUGUGGAUAACUUUGACAUCCAAUAGUCUUUGUUUUUUCUUUUGGUUAAGCCAAAGGGCACUAUAUUUGCUUCUGUUAUUUACAAAUGUAAAUUUAUUUUUAUAGUGGGAGGUUUGUUUUUUUUUUGCUUUCACGAGAUGUAGCUACGAAUCAAAAUAUUUUUUAGACUUGACUUGAAGACAAAUCUGUUUCAAUGGUUCCUGAGCCCGUCUGUACCACUGCCAUUGCAAAUAAUGCCACAAGUUCAAUAAUAAUAAUAAAUAAUAAUAACCCCCCCAGGAA